UGCUAGUUCUGAAAAGAUAAACUAAUCUUUUAAAUGAUCAGUAUAUUUUCAUGCUGUAAGUAUAAGCCUACACAAAGACAGUGGGAACACACAACAUCCAUGCUAAUGGUGUUCCUGCUGAUAUUUAUGCAAUAUAGAGUGAGUCAAUAGGUCAUUGUUUAAAAUGUUUGAAUUUUAAAGGGCAUUCAAGAGCAAUAUGUAUAAAACAUUUCACUUUUUUUAGGGGUCAUUAUGAGCAACGGAGAGAGAUGGAAAAUACUGCGACGCUUUUCCCUGACAACACUGAGAAAUUUUGGGAUGGGGAAGCGGAGUGUGGAGGAAAGAAUCCAGGAGGAAGCUCGGUGUCUCCGGGACAGAUUUAUGAAGAUCAAAGAUAAACCAAUAAAUCCAGUUCAUCUGCUAAGAUUGGCUGUCUCCAAUGUCAUCUGCUCCAUUGUAUUUGGAGAGAGAUUUGACUACGAAGACAAGAAGUUUAUGUCUCUUCUGGAACUUAUUCAAGAAAUUGUAACCCUGUUGAACUCUGGAUUGGGUCAGCUCCUUAAUCUGUUCCCAGCCUUAAUGAGCCGUAUCCCUGGCCCCACCAAAAACUUUUUAAAAAUUUUGAAAAGUUUAGUAAGUUUAUGGAAGAAAGAGUGGAAGCUCACAAGGAGACAUUGGAUGAGAACUGCCCUCGAGACUUUAUAGAUUGCUUCAUCAUUAAAAUGAAAGAGGAAAAGAAUAACCCAAAAACAGAAUUCCAUAAGGAUAAUUUACUAGGAACAGUAGCUGACCUGUUCUUUGCUGGAACUGAGACUACAAGUAUGACACUGCGAUAUGCCUUCUUGAUACUACUCAAAUACCCUGAGAUACAAGAGCAAAUCCAAAAAGAGAUUGAAAAUGUAAUAGGAAGUGAUCGCUGUCCAUCAGUGGAGGACAGAAGUAAGAUGCCAUAUACAGAUGCAGUAAUUCAUGAAGUCCAGAGAUUUGCUGAUAUUGUACCAGUAGGACUACUCCAUGCAGCCAGCAAGGAUACCACCUUCAGAGGAUAUCAGAUUCCUAAGGGAACUUUAGUGUUUCCAAUCCUAACUUCAGUCUUGAAGGACCCCAAGCAGUUCAAAAACCCUCACAAAUUUGACCCUGGACAUUUCCUUAAUGAGAAUGGCACCUUUAAGAAGAGUGAUGCUUUUAUGCCAUUUUCAGCAGGAAAACGUAUGUGUAUGGGCGAGGGUCUGGCUCGCAUGGAACUCUUCCUCUUUUUUACAACCAUUCUGCAAAGAUUUACUCUGAAACCCACCGUGGACAGGAAAGACAUAGAAAUUACACCACAGCCCAAAAGCAAUGCUUCCUUACCUCGUGAAUAUGAGAUGUUGGCUGUGCCCCGCUGA